AUGACUCUUAAAUACCUCAUCACUGGAGCGACUGGCGGCCUCGGAGCAGGCGUCAUUUCCUACCUUGCUGCCAAUAUCUCCGCCUCAGAAUACGCAGCAGCCUCCUCAAGAGAGGAAAGCCACAAACAAUUCGAAGACCGAGGGAUCGCCUUUCGAUUGGCAAACUAUGACGACCCCCAGACGUUAGAGGCCGCAUUCAAAGACGUCGAGAACCUCUUCUUCGUGAGCACGAACACCUUCGACGUCGAGAAGCGCCGCAAGCAACACCAGAACUUCGUAAAUGCAGCGAAGACGAUGAAUGUGAAACACGCAAGUCAUCCAUCUCCAUAUGCAAAUCACCCGAAUCUGCAGCUAACCGGGGUCACAGGUCUGGUAUACAUCCCUCGCAUUCGCUCCCACUCAAAAGCAGAUGUCCAACAAGCUCAUUUGAUGACCGAAGAAAUGCUGAGGCAGGCCGAUAUCAACUUCACAUCCAUUCGCGAGGGUAUAUAUCUCGACGCCUUCCCGGUCUUCCUGGGCUGGUAUCCCAGCACGAAAACCGUCUAUCUUCCCUUCGACGGCCCGGUAGCCUUUACACUGCGAUCGGAACUCGCCGAGGCGAACGCACGACUGAUGAUUCGCGGCGGGCAUGAUCGGGAGAUUGUACUCCUCACCGCGCAGCAGACCAUCACAUUCUCCGAGAUUGUAGAUGUGAUUAACGAGACGACUGGUCGAAACGUGCAGUUCAAGAUCGUUUCGCCGGAGGAAUUUGUGCGGUUAAAGUCGGCCGACGAUGAGGGCGGGAAGUCGGAGGGUUUCUUCAAGGCACUGAUUUCCUGGUAUGAGUCUAUUUCGAAGGGGGAGACGAGCACUAUUGAUCCGCUCAUGGCGGACCUGCUCGGACGGCAACCUGUGCCUCCACGUGAGGCUAUUCGGGCUCUUUUGGCGGAGAAUCGGGAUUAUGAGUGGCAUCAGAACUAUGUGAAUCGGGAUUAG